UGAGACCCAUCCCACUCCUACUAGACACCUCAAAGUGCACGAACCUGUAGUAGUUUGUUUCCCAUGGAAAUCGCGAAUUAUUUUCCCGGGAAACAAAGGGGCCGGUCGGUCGAACUCUCGGACAAUGAUUCAGGGUUUUUGUCUGAUAAUUCGUUCGAGUUGGAGAUGUUUGAUGGAGCGGGCUCCUUCAAGAGCUGGGCUCAGCGGACGGAAGAGGGCUACCAGCUGCAGCAAGCUCUGGCGCUCCGCCUCUCGUCGGAGGCUACUUCCACCGACGAUCCCAAUUUCUUGGACCACGCUGUCGACGGCAGGGCCGGUCCGGCCUUCGCGGAGGUCCUCUCGCAUCGUUUUUGGGUGAAUGGCUGCAUGUCUUACUAUGAUAAAGUUCCAGAUGGGUUUUACUUGAUCCACGGGAUGGAUCCGUAUGUAUGGUCUUUAAGCAAUGAUAUACAAGAGAGUGGUCGAGUUCCAUCUUUUGAUUCCUUGAGGACUCUUGAUCCUCAUGACAGUUUGUCAAUUGACGUAGUUUUGAUUGACAAAUCUAGGGAUCCUGGUUUGAAGGAACUGCAGAAUAGGGUACUAAACUUAUCUGGCAGCUGGAUUACUGGAGCAGAUGUGGUCAAUCAGCUUGCUGAGCUUGUCUGUGAUCGCAUGGGGGGUGCAGCUUCAUCAGAAGUACAUUGUCUCAGUACCCGCUGGAAAGAGUGCACAGGAAAUUUGAGGAGUUGCCUAGGCUCAAUUGUGCUUCCAAUUGGAAGCUUGUCUACUGGCUUUUGUGUUCAUCGGGCUCUUCUAUUUAAAGUGUUAGCUGACAUGGUAAACUUACCAUGCAGAAUAGCUAAGGGGUGUAAAUACUGCAUGAGAGAUUUCGCUUGCUCCUGUCUUGUGCAAUUUGAAAUUGGCAGGGAAUAUAUAGUUGAUCUGAUUGAAAGGCCUGGAUCUUUAGGCCCUCCUGAUUCCUUGCUUAAUGGUACAUCUUCUGUUGUGGUUUCUUCACCAUUAUGUCAUCCAAGGUAUAGACCUGUCAAAGGUGCUGACAGCUUCAAGAUGCUGGCCAAACACUAUUUUUCUGACUGUCAAUCACUUAAUAUUUCAUUUGACGAUGUUUCAUCAGGUACCACUAUUAAUCAAGAUAACACAGAUCCACAGUUCACAAAGCCUCAGGAAAUGAAAAACUUACCUGUUUCAUCAUAUUCAAGACCUUUUCUUCCAAGGCGGGUCCUACCAGAUGGGCAUGGGGAAGACGCUCAACCAAUUUUAGCCUUCUCUGAUUUAAGUGAGGAGGAUUUGGAAAUUUCCUGGAGUGAACUUAUUUUGAAGAAGAAAAUUGGAUCAGGUUCUUUUGGAACUGUUCAUCUCGCUGAGUGGCGUGGUUCAGAUGUUGCUGUCAAGAUUCUCAUAGAACAAGAUUUCCAUGCAGAGCACUUCAGGGAAUUUCUGAGAGAGGUUGCAAUCAUGAAAAGCUUGCGGCACCCAAAUAUUGUUCUCUUUAUGGGUGCUGUGACUCAGCCUCCAAACCUGUCCAUAGUUACAGAAUAUUUGUCUAGAGGCAGUUUGUAUGAACUUCUACAAAUGUGUGCUGCAGGAAUCGAACUGAAUGAUAAGCGUUGCUUGAAUAUGGCUUAUGAUGUGGCACAGGGAAUGAAUUACCUUCAUCAGCAUAAACCCCCUAUUGUCCACAGAGAUCUAAAGUCUCCAAAUCUUUUAGUGGACAGCAAAUAUACUGUAAAGGUCUGUGAUUUUGGUCUCUCUCGGUCAAAAGCCAGGACAUUUCUUUCUUCGAAAACAGCUGCUGGGACUCCUGAGUGGAUGGCACCAGAAGUCCUCCGUGAUGAGCCAUCAAAUGAGAAAUCAGAUGUUUACAGUUUUGGUGUGAUUCUAUGGGAACUUGUGACCCUUCAACAGCCAUGGAGAAACCUAAAUCCAGCACAGGUUGUUGCAGCUGUUGGAUUUAAGGGCAUGAGGCUUCAAAUUCCCAGUGAAGUCAAUCCUCAUGUGGCGGACUUAAUUGAAGCUUGUUGGGCUCAUGAACCAUCGAGGCGUCCAUCAUUCUCCACCAUUAUGAGCUUAUUGCAGCGAUUGAUCUCAAACUUGAGACAUCAACCAAUUCACCAGUAUAUUCCAAACAUUACCUAAAGCUGGCGGGGUACCCACAAGAAUAAAUUUUUCUGCUGGUACCUGAUCUUUUGAUAUUCUGGUGGUAGCAAGCAGCAUUUACCUUAUUACAUCAGGAUGUUCAUACCUUAAAUCUACCUUCACUCAAAGUAGUAUGCGCCUCUCCAGCAAAGUAUUAACUGCUGUUGUAUUAGAAGAGAACUGCUUGAAGGAUCGGGCAACACACAUGCUUCAUUCAAGCACCUAUAAUCAUCUAUUUAGUUGUUUAAGCUGUAAGCCGCAGGCUGCUGAUUUCUGAAAAACAGUUGGCUUGUAACCCCACCAAUAGUUGCCAUAUGUAAAGCCUUUCAUCAUCAGCAUUUUACUAAGAGUGGUCUGGUUUGUCAAUCUGACUUUUCUAGGGUAUGCUGCUUGAAGUAGAAUACAGAAUGAUGGUUUAACACCAUUGCCACAUACUGUAAACUAGUGUGUUUCUCUAGGCUUCAAUGGUAUAAACGUGUAGAUUGGACCUGUUUUGGCUGUUUGUGGUGGUGCCUGCCCAUUAAUCAGAUGUUUCUAACAGAUUUCACC